AGUUGUCUACAAAUUGAGGGCUCGCGCCUCUUCAUCAAUGAAAUAGUAAAGACAGCGAGGUUCUGCCACGACACUGGAGAAAAAACACCGAAACUUGAGCUACUCCCUGCCUCGUAUUAGUUGGAUUGUAUUUGUUACUGAUUGUGAGUGUCACUUCAACUGGGACUAGGAGCAGAAGUUUCAAAAACCGACUCAAAAUGAAAUACGUUAUAGGAAUUGGCGGUGUGACUAAUGGUGGGAAAACCACUUUGACGAAUAGGCUGAUCAAGUCACUACCUAACUGUUGUGUGGUGCAUCAAGAUGACUUUUUCAAGCUAGGUGUGCACAUCUUGCAAUGGGAUCUGCCCGUAUUCAGAUCAGCCUGCGCUUGCAGCAAUGUUUUAUUGGUGUUAUUUCAGAAACCUGACCAGAUAGAAGUCGGGGAGGACGGCUUUAGACAGUGGGAUGUGAUUACAGCAUUGGACAUGGAUGCCAUGGUGAACACUAUUCGAGGCUGGAGUGAGAACCCAGUGAAGUUUGCACACUCCCACGGUGUCAACGUGUCCCCUUCCACAGAGGUUGCCGACCCAGAUCAGCAGAUCCACAUUCUGAUUGUAGAGGGCUUCCUUCUGUACAACUACAAACCCCUGAUGGACGUGUAUAACAAAUGCUACUACAUCUCCAUUCCAUACGGAGAGUGCAAAAGGAGGAGAAGUACAAGACAAUACACCGUCCCUGAUCCCCCGGGUCUGUUUGAAGGCCAUGUGUGGCCCAUGUACUUGAAGCACAGGAAUGAGAUGGUUGAGAGCGGUUUAGACAUCGCAUAUCUGGAUGGCUUGAAAUCAGAAGAAGGGAUCUACAGCCAGGUGUAUGAGGAUAUCCAGAAUACACUGUUGAAUCGUUUAUAGGAACUCCAUCCCCAAACCUGUAUAGACCUGUAAAUAGCAUCAAGACUGAAGAUACUUUUUUUUAAAUUGAAGCAUUUUUUUCUUAUUGUGUAAAUUAUAUUGAAGGAAUGUUAACUUAUGUUUGACAGAAUAAUUUCUGUUUUGUUUUCUUAUCUAAUCUGUUAGUCCAUUGCUUGUGUUAAUCAAACCACUGCCUAGUAUCUGAGGGAGGGGGACAAACUCUGACCAUCUGUCAAUGAAAAUAUUUUUUGAGUGGAGGUCAAUGCGAAAUGCCAAAUUUCUACAUGAGGCUUAUUUGAUCAAGUAGAUGUUUAAUGUUUACGUUUGUUACAAAGGAGCUGAUAUAAGUGGAUUCACAUGGCAUUUUGAUUACUUUGAGGUACAAAUAAUAAUUCUUGAUUGGAGUUGUGCCUCUGCCCUCAUGGUCUAGAAGGGUCCCACCUGAACUGGCUGCUUGCCUUCCAUAUUUGAGGAAAUGUAUUUCCUUUGUUAGAGUGGUCACUUGACUAUAUUACAUCUUUGUUAGUAUGUACUUGGCUUUGUUUUGGCAAGUAAAUUGUUUAAAAUGUGUUCAGAUUUCUCAAUGUUA